UUCAGACAAUGUGUCUCCGCCAAUUUAAAUAACCUUAAGACAAUAUACACGUAUGUUGUCAUUCCGGCUUUUUUAAUUUUGUUUGAUGCAAAACUGUAGAAAGCACAAUAAAUUUUUAAUGUGUUUUGCAACUGGCUUUAGUCACUUUUUUAGACUUUAGAAGAGUCGACGGCAAAUGUCCCACACACAAUUUUUUUCGUUUAUUUAUUUGGUAACUCUUUCUAAAUGCAAUAAAACAUCUCUGCAGUCUAUUUCUGCCUCAUGGGAGAACUUCAAACGAUAUAUACCAUCUUGUGUUGUUUAAAGAAAUCUCUUUUAUCAGCAUUUGAUACGAUAAUCACGCUUCAUUCGCCUUUUCAAUGAACGUUGGCAAUAAGAUUUAAAACAAUUUUGGGUUGCAUGUGUUUUAGUACGAUAGGAAUGUUGAUUUUUUUGUUCAGACAGCACUAAAAAUGGCAGCCAAUUUUUGUGACAAUUGAGUGUUGUUUUUAAACCUUGACAGUUUUUUUUUCCAACAACAGUGUUUUCACUGCAUUGCGUUCUCCCGUGGUGAAUAAAUAUGCGUAUCAAAAUAAUAUGUUUUUGAAAGGAAAGCUUCUGUAUCAGGUUUGAUAACAAUUAUAAAAACGGAACAGUGUAUAAAAACACGUUCGGUUCAAAGUGUUUUGUUUGUAAAUAGAGUGGUUAGACCAGUAGGUGGUUUCAUUCAAGAGAUUUUUCGCGACGCUAGCCAUCUGAAUUUAAAAUUCUGGAUUACAGUAGCCAAUUCUUAUUUAUAUUAAAGUGGCAGUAAUUAAUAAUUCGUACUCCGGGCAGGCGGUCAAUAUUGGACAUUUUGACUAUUUAACCACGGCAGCAGUAGCUAACCGAAGCGGAGUUCUCAAAAAUGUCGAGCAACGUGUCAGAAAAUGAUUUCGCUAUCUAUAACCUCACCAUUCAGCUUUUUACUCGAAAAAAAUCAACGGUGGCGGUUGAAACAACCGUUUGUGUUGUUCUAAACAUCGCGGCGUUGUUUUUAAACGCUUUUCUCUGCUGGGCCGUUUACAGCAACCAUCGCCUUCGGCGUGUGACAAAUAUCUAUGUGCUCGCACUCGCUGUGACCGAUCUCCUUAUAGCUUCUCUGGUAAUGCCGUUUUUGUGUGGUGUCAGCAGUCAUGGUAGAUGGAUUUCAUCGUGGUUUGCUUGCCAGUUUCAAGGGUAUUGGUGCGUGGUCUUAGCGUACACCGCCCAGCUAAUGUUUCCACUGACGGCUGUAAACCGUUUUGUCCGAGUGCUUUAUCCACGGAUUUACAUGAAGCUUUUCGUUAAAAAGUAUAUCUUACUCUCCAUCGGAAUAGUUUCAACCUUGGCACUUUGCGCUCCGCUGCCUUUCCUUCUUCGCGGAUACGAGUUCGGCUUUCAUCCUGGAAUGAUGAUCUGCUUUUACACCAUCGAGAACGCUCGAGAAAAGCAAGCAAUAUAUCGUAUUGUCUUCUUCACUAUUUUGCCCAUGUUGAUAGUAACGUAUUGUUACCUGCGAAUAUACAGGGUGGUGAAACGGCACGCUACCAAGCGUCUACAGAGCGUCGAAGAAGCGGCCACCGUGCCAAGUAAUAAACUUUCAGUAGAAGAUAUUGUAAUGACAAAAACAUUGUUUGCUAUCAUUUUCGCGUUUUUUGUUUGCUGGACACCGCUGUAUAUCGUAACGGCCAUUGAUACAGCUCAUAAGGAGUUUCGCCUUCCAAGACAAGCCUACUUCUUCGCCACGUAUCUGGUCGGUUUGAGCAGCAUAGCGAAUCCUCUUAUAUUUGGUUACAUGAAUGCAACAUUUCGAGAAGAAUGCAAGAAGUUCAUGAAUGCAAUAGGCAUAAAAAGGUUCAGCGACGGAACAUAUAUCGAUAAUUAAACGUUUUACUCUAGUUUUCGCAGAAAAGACAGAAAAAAAUCCUGGCCGUUUUUAAUUGCACUUUACUCUUGCUAAUAGCUGUACUUAGGAUUUCAUAUUUUGUCUCGUUAAAGACUGAUUAAAUUAUGUUUGGGGAGGCAAAAUCAAUAAUUCCAGUAGAAGCAACAGGGAUGAUGCUAAAUGAUUCCUCUCCAGUUAUUCUCAUACGAUAAUGAAAUAUCUUAUAAAACAGCAAAAUUUAACUAAGAUGUGAGCAUUUGAAUAGCUAAUGUCCAUUGUCUAAAUUCUACAGGAAGCCAGACCAGGUUGCUAAAGCAAAGUCUACAAACAAAGUGCGGAAUGUAAUCAUGUAAAUGUAUAAUUUGUUAUCCUACGUGAUAUGGGUCAAAUUAGUUAUUUCUGUGGGUAAAAAAAAUGUUUCUGAACAAAAUUAUAUGGGUGUUGGCCGUUUUUCUCCGUUUAAUGACUUGUAUUCAAGCGCAUCCUAAAGAAGAAGUGGUGGAGAUGGGAGAGGGGGAUUGUUUUAGUUGUAGUUUUCUUUCUUUUUUGUUUGAACUGUAAUCCUUGCCCUGCAUUGGGGGAAAUAUUGGCCAAUUGUGUAUUGACUUAUCAUCCUAUUUAUGAAGAGAAAAUCACAGAAUUACUGAUAAACAUAUUGGUUUGUCAUCGCUUUAAAUAGUAACAACUGAUCAGGAAUGUUAACGGCAUAAAGACGAUCGUCCCUACUUCAAAGGGAGUUUUAAGUUUAAAAUGUAAUAAAAGUAAAUUGUAGUAAGUAUAUUUUUUGAAAUAAUCUCUUUGAAUUGUAUAUAAAGCUUGAAAUGGUAGACAAAAAAAUCCUAUUUUUAGGACCACCUAUAGGGUAGAAGAACUGUUUAGGAAUUGUGAUCAAACGUCAGUGAAAGUUCGUCCCAUCUAUGAUAAAUUUACAUAACAAUUGAAUCUUUGUAGGAAGAAUUAUCAAAAUAGAAAUAAAAGCAAUAAGCGAAAUGGAAAAAGAAAUUGUUCUGAAAGCAUAAGCCUGUACAAACUGACUAUUCCAUUGCAAACAUUUUUACUUUGGCACUUGUAAACGACGCGCUAUAUGAAAUCAGUACCAAAUGUUAAAGAAUAAGAAACAGACAAAAUAAAAUUGAUGUUUUUACGUAUUCAUGAAGCUUAACACCUGCUAGGUAUAUAUAUGUGCCAAUAUGCAAACGACAAGGCUAACAUCAUUCGUGUCUAUUUAACGUUGAGGCUGCUGGAUUAUAGUUUUAUUGCUCGAAGGGUUAAAGUCUGUUGAGAGGUAGUCGAUUCGUCCUGUGGCAGAAAAAUAAAAUAUCAUGUGGUUUCGAAAUUCACCUCUCAGUGGAAAGUAGGACAACUGAGCGCUGAUCAGGCCAGAAGGGAAAAUGUCACCUUUGAGAAACAGUCUUGCCUUUCUGUUCAUCUUGGUCUGUGUAAUUCAGGAACAGCAAUCGCGCACUAAA